CGGACGGAAGGAAGUUACUUGGUGAGAAAAAAAAUAUUGCAGUGGAUAGAGCUCGUCGAGAUCUACUUGGAGCCAGGAAGUCCUUAGUUGGAGCCAGCUUCACGGCGAAGAUUUUCAAGAAAUACUCGAAUCCCGACCUAAGAUAUCCUACGUCACAAGCUACUCUAAUCAAGUUGUUCGUUACACCUGGCAUUGAUGUGGAUGAGCAAAAACAUAAAACAAUACUUAGGAAAUAUGCAUGAACUUUAUUACAGAUAUAGACGAGACAACGCACGAUGACGUCAACCAAUCGCGCGUGUUUACAGUGACCAAUGGGUGACGAUCUCGAAAACCAGACUGGGGCCGGCAAAAUUGAUAUUACUAAAAUUAAGAGAUCACUUUAUGAGUUCAAAAUCCAAGAUCAAAAGUUCUUUUAAAAGUGACCAAAUGGGUGGGGCCCCCUGUCGGUGCAUAAACCGAUAGUGAAAGUGCAUUUUUCCAGUAUGGGAGAACGUACCAUUUCUCCAUAAUGAUGUUUUCUUUAAUUCUCAAUUUUUAUUGGUUUAAAUCAUUGCCAGGCAAACAAUAGCAUUGUUCGUGGUGACGGAUGGUGUUCGUGGUAGCUUCACAUCGAUAGAUUUUGGUCAAUUUCUCGUGAUGCAAAAACUGGCUGCAUCAUUAUCUGAAAAGGAUUCUAAGAAGUUUAGAAAGGUUCAAACUGAAUUAAUUAAAUUUGAUAUUAUACCAGAACGAAAUGAUCUUGAACUAGUUUUAGUUCAUUUUAAUUUUGAUAUCCAUCAAACAGUAAAUGCUUUUAAGAAUGAUACAGCUAAAGAAAUUCUUAAUGGAUGGAAAACAUCAACCCAGAAGAAUCAUUUCGAUAGUAGGAUCCGAUAA